CGAUAUCGUCAGUCCGUCAGAGAGAGCGACAGGGUCGGGUGGGUCAAACAGUGAGCCGGGGGCAAGUGACGAAGCCCUGUGGUUACGAGAUCAGAUCUGAUGCAGUCGUGAGCUUCGGACGUUCCGUAUUCACUUCGAUCUCUUCACGAUUACUAGUCGCCGGUCGGAAGCCGGCUCGUUGUGUGCGCAUUCGCAGUACAAAAGAGACUUGUGAUAUUUUUCUAGUAUAAGUUCCGGACGCGGAACAGUUUUUCCGUUUUAUUUUUCGGUAUAAAAGUGUACAAUAUAAGUAAAAAUUUGGAAAACAUGGAGAUCCUGCCGGUCACGAGCCAGUUUAAUGUCGGAUUCAGCAGUGAAAAAGCAUGGAAUGGGCCAACAUGGCGGGAAGCGCCGGUGCCGGCGCCGACUGAGACGGCGCUGGCUCAGAGGCUGGAGAGGGAACUACGAGCGGCCAAGGGGGCCAGCGAGCUAGCCACGGCCGAGGUGUUGGUCCCGGCCGAGCUGCUCGCGCGGGCGGCGAGGCAAACGCUGGCGCUUGCGGAAGGAGAGCCGUGCGGGUCGCGCGGCGCCGCCGUCAUCGUGGACGUGGCGGGGAGGAGGCUCGCCGCCUUCAAGAUAGACCCCAACACACUCACCACCCACGAGAUACACAUACAUCUCGAGCACGACGCUACCAACUGGACGAGCCUGUUGCCGCAAUUCUUAAAAAACUUAACGCGAGGCGGCACCAUCAUCAUCAGCCCCCAGUUCACGAUAGAGAAAAAGAAAUUGUUCAGGAGCCAGGCGGAGUGAAGGACGAGGUGAUACGCCGCGAUGCGAGCGAGCCGACUGACUGCCCUCCUCGAUGUCUACGUAUCGUUAUUUUAACAAAUAUCAAUAUUAUAUGUAUAUUAUUAUAUAUUUUUAAUAAGAGAAAAAAGCACAGCGUGAUAUGUAAUGUAUAGUAGUAUUGUAAGCGGAUAAGGCGCGCCCGCUCGCGCCGCCGCCUGUAGUGACGCGAAAUGCACUUUGUUAUCGAUAAAGUGUCGAUAUUCGCGUCUGAGCGGCGGCGGCGCGGGCGGCGCGUGCGACGCGCGUUCGUGCGACGGCGCGCGGCGGCGAGCGUCGAUCUCGUCCCCCGCCUCCCCUUUUCUUUGGCCAGGGCUGAGCACCGUCCCCGGGCGAUGGUCAGCGCCGGCUCUCCCGUGCCCACCGGUGCGUCCGCCCCCCGCGCCGCCGCACCGUGUCGAUCACUGUGGUCUGUGAGCGAUUGUUUGUGUUGUAUUAUUGGAUGCGUUGUUGGUUGCUCGAAUGGAUGGUUGGUUGUGUUGGUUGGUGAGUGGCGCGGCGGCGCCCGGUGCGCACCCCUUGAUCUCAGUCGCCGCCGCGCGAGUGAUAAUGAAUACCUUGAUCGAUUUAGUCUUAGGUAUUAUUUUUUGUUUCGAGUUCGAUUCUAUUCUGAAGUUGCGUAGAUUUGGUACAUUUCACGUAUUGUAACUGUAUUUAUUAGAUGUGACCUGUCCGGUCUGUAUAUGUGUACGUUUUUCGUAAUUGUACUAGUUCGUACAUUUGUUUGUGAUACUACUUUUGUAAUGUAUAAAAUUUAAAUGAGAAAAAAAUAUACUUUUUAUGAAUGAGAGAACAUGCAUGCAAAUUUAUAAUGUUAGUUAUGUGUACGUAGUGCCGUGGUUGAACGGAGGCAAUAAGCGAGGCGUCGCGGCGACGUCCCGGCGACGUCGCGGCGACGUCCCGGCGACGUCCCGGCGACGUCGCGGCGCCCGCGCUCUGUUAUACUGCAAAGAUCUCAGGUUUAUAAUUAUUAUUAUAGCUAUUAAAAGUAUUAAGUUAUUUAAGUUAAUAUAAAGAUUGUAAUUUUUUGUAAGAUUGUUUUGUAUCGCCGCGCUAAGCUGCGUUGUGUACAAGUCCAGUGGGAGGCGAGAGAGUAUAGUACUAACAGUACAGUAUGUAAGAGACGUGACUUUACAGCAGUCGAAUGCAUUUUCUUUAUCCAGUGUAUAUUAAUACAUUAAAUGUAAAUCAAUAGACUAACAGUUUUUAAACGAAAUCUAAAUGUUUGUAGGGUCCAGUGUUAUAAACGCACAAUAUCAUAGUACUAGAGUUCACUUUCAUCAUGAAAAAAAAGUUUUUAAAAACUACAAAAACAUUUUACUUGUAAACUUGAAUUGUCGACAUAUACAAGAACUAACAAUAAUAAUAUAUGUAUCAAUUGUUUAUAAUUGAUAUUUAUUUGAUAGAACUUAAAAGAAAAUGUAGAAAUUAUUGAAGAAAAAAAUACAUAGUUUCAAUAAUUGA